UGGAGAUAAUACUUCGAGCUAACGUGAUCAAGUUCUGACUGCUGCAGAAGUCGAGCUUCACUCUACAGUCACAGUCUUCUCGUUGCAGGUAGCUGGUACACAGAGCCAGCGAGUGCUUGUUCACUCUGAUAGCCACACUUUCCCUGAGAGCAGACUUUUUGACUUGUUCAAUAAGAGACAGACACAAGAUAGCUGCAAACAAACCGCAGUCGCUGAAGCGGGAUACGUGGUUGAGAAUGGAGGUUUUUAUCAGAUUGAUAAAAGGUUGCGAGGAGGAAACGGAUGAAAGGAGAACCGAUGAGGCAGAGGUGGUCACGACGUGCCCUCCGAUGUUGUUGUGAACUUGUUUCAGUCUACCUGUGGGACCAAAACAAGAUCUUAGUAUCUGUUUCAGCAGGUAAAGCUUCUCGCAAAUAUCGGUGUUGUCCAGUGGCAGAUCCGUGCAAACAGAUGGAGAUUUCUUGCUGAGUCGAGACAUGCCCGAAGGAGUAAUUUGUCAAACCAGGUUUAGCAUAGUCGAAGUAGAGAUUAGCAAAACACGCUGGUAGUGAUGGUCGGAUAAUGAUACCUUUAGAAUUGCCUGACCAAAAUUUAACAAAAAAAGAGGGGUGGAGUUAACAGAUUAAGGUAUUAAAUCCAACCAACAACAUUAAUACCAUAUUGCAUGGUCUAAAAUAUGAUAACAAGCAUAUUUAGAUAUAAUCCGAGAGUAUGUAGUUUACGGAUUAAUAAAGGCAUCGUAGAGACACAAUCGUUUCCAUGGUAGCGUCACAGCGUUUGGUCAAUCAGCGGUCCUACUCGACAAACGGUCGCAUUCGCUCGCUAGUCUCUAGUAACUGCUUCUCACGAGGAAUAAACAACAUAAAAGUGAAUUUAUGCACCUUUAAAGUCGGCGAGCAGUUGUCUAACUGUUUUUUUCUCCAAAAGUCACACGCUGAAAGUCCCAUUCAUACCGGCUUUCAGGUGUUGGACUACAAACUGAUUGUGACGUCAUCUCCUGUCGCCCCGCUGUUGAACAAACAUUCAAAACUGUUGGCGGUAAUUAAACCUUACCGUGUACUUAAUCAGGUGAAACCAACUGACUUCAUAGCAAUGACUCCUAUCAAAUUUGUGAUUAAGUGUGGGAACUAUGCUGUACUGGUGGAUCUCCACGUUCUGCCCCUGGGCGGCCAAGAGGACACCAGCUGGUUUACUAUGAGCCACAUCGAGGAGGUUACAACCCUGGUUCAAAAUUCUGUGGACCAGAGAGUUAAGCAGUAUACCGAGUUCCUCCACAGUAGAAGACAGCCCAAACAGAAGAAGGAGCUGGCACCAGCUUCAGCCUUUUCUGUCAAAGGUGAAAACUUCAACCUGGUGGCCAGUUUUCUGAAGCGACACUCCAGUCUCAGAUGUAUUGUCAAGCAGGAUUUGCGUGUGUUUCCUGAACGAUACGUUGUGUGUGUGAGCUGUCCAGAAGAUGCCUCAGCACACCAUAGAAACCCGAGCCUGCCCGCGACUGAGCUGUGCGAACAAAGCAGAUCGGAAUAUUUUUCCAGUGUGGGAGAAACCCAAGAGCUUUUAAACAGCCCCACAAACAAGAAGACAGUGCUUCAAAAGAUAGCCAAACAAGCUAGUGUCCAGCGAGAACUCUGUGGUUCCACUAUGGGGGGGCAGCAGAUUGACCAGAGAGCCAAAAAUCAGAGACCGGAACUUCAAGCUGCAGAAUCCGAAUCAGGCUCAGUGAGUCUGUCCAGAUCUGUACAGAAGGCCCUGUCAGAGGCAGACCACAAGGUGCCUUGCUCCAGUGCAUUAACUGAAGCAGUCGCUCUAAUUGGGACUACUCAAAAGCAGGAGCAGCAUGCUGAGAAAAGUCUUCCAGACUGUAUCAACCUAAAUGGGGCCUCAGCAGGUUUCUGCCAAAAUGAAAUCAGUCAGGAGACCAGCACGAGCAAGAGGUGCAAGCUGAGUGAUGCUGGGGAAGACCCUCACCCACAGCGGGCCAAGAGGACAUGCCUUGGAAGACCUCCAGCCACAAUGCAAACUUACUCCGCGCAAAUAUCCAAGCAUGACCUUCUUCCUCAGCCACCCCUUCCUCCAGUUGAAGCCAAGGCAGAGUCCAAGGCUUCCCCUGUCUUAGAGUGCAAGAAAACCACACUGGAAGUAGAGCUGCUUACUCCAGGGAAACGGGCCCAAAGGCUCUCCCUCACAAGCAAUAACACGGCAGAGACAAACCAAAACAGGCUGGCCGCAAGUCUGAGGGGCCUAUCUGUCAAGCCUGCAUCCUCAGGCUCCUCUAUUGGUUCCAGAUCCACACUCGGAGAGGAGGGGAGUGAAAAUGUGCCCAGAACCUCUAGAUUACGACGACUGAAGAGGUCCUGAGGGGGAGAGAGACAGGCUACAGUAAAGAUGCCUGACGCCACAGAAAUAGAGAUGAUACUCUGUCAGGCUACAUGUUUACCCCAUACUGUCCAUGUGGUCUCAGCUGAUUUGCAUUUGUGCUUGUGUCACUUUUUACUACGAUAUCUAUUCUUUUCACAUAUGCUGCACACGCACAGAUCAAACGCUGAACACAUUAUGGCAACUGAUACAUGUGCAUUUGAGUUACGCUUUGUCAAAUACUUGAAACAGACCUCUGCCUCCACCCAUAAGUAGUGGUGGUCAAGAGAGGCUCGCAAAUGAAAGUCAAAAACCUUUAAUUGGAGUUAAGAUUUGGUUUUGUGUUAAAGAUUGGGGAUUUCAGACAGGCAGGAGCCGUGUAGUACGUCAUGGCUUUCAGUCUGAAACACUGGCUCCUACGUGUCUCAAAACUGUCCAGUUUACCCGCCGAAGCUCUAGCAUGAUUGAUUGCCGUUUCCAGGUUUAUUUCAUCACCCCAUUCUCAAAAAUGUAUUUUUGUAGCUAGAUAUUUUUCAUGUACCAUUUAGUUGCUAAGCACCUGAAAUGAAUCUGUAAGUGGAAACAUACUGUGGCAGAUUUUUAUACUGAACUUAAACCAAAUAUAUGCAGGAAUGUGAGCAGUUUUCAAACAUCACAGGUUGAUGUAGAGCUGCUGUCAUCAGCCCAACACUUGGUAGGGCUCUUUAAAUCUGUCCACUGGCCCAACCCCAGAGGGAACCUCCUGUUGGCCCCCUUUAAAACCCAAUAUUUCCAUUUCACAACAUAAUGUUGCCUGAAAUUUUUAUUCCUGUUUUUUUUUUUCCUGGUUCAUACAAAUAAAAUUUUCCCCCCAGUCAAAGCAGGAAAAAAAAAAAAAAAAAAUCGUUUGAAACCUAUUUGUGUAAAAUUCACUGACAAUUUUGGGAAAGCAACCAGCACAUAUCUCAUUGCAUUGUUUUCCUCUCACACAGUCCAAAUGAAAUGCUGCUUGUGGCAGUUUGACAGUGAAGUCUGUCCAAAAACAUAUCAGUGAUUACAACCUGAGUCAGUGCUCGAAGCCAAUUCAGUUAUCAAAUAUGGCAGAUUAGUGAAACUCCCCAAUGUUUUAGUCCCGACAUGUUUAAGGUCUUUCUCAAGGGGUGUUGUAAUCUCUUGUCUUUGUUUUAAUCCUGUCAGAGUUUCUGCAGGAGAGUUUGUCUAAAAAUAACUAACUCUACAGCUUAGGCUUAACCAGCUCAACUUUACCUAAAUAUUUUUAAGCCUGCUACUUGAACCAGACAUCAAGGG